UCCGAGUACAGUUCCUGUUUAGAAUUGAAGUUCAGAGGUCGAAAGGAACCACUUCCUGUAAUCGUCGCCGCAACGUGCUUGUAGUAAAAUACGCAAGAAUUUGUUUGAUUUUUAGAAGCGAGGAAGUACAUUAAAUACCUUAAACAUCAUCCACAGCGAUGAGUUUACCCUUGAACCCAAAGCCCUUCCUUAACGGCCUGACGGGCAAACCGGUGAUGGUGAAGCUGAAGUGGGGCAUGGAGUACAAAGGAUAUCUGGUGUCUGUGGAUGGCUACAUGAACAUGCAGUUGGCUAACACUGAAGAGUAUGUGGAUGGAGCCUUGGCUGGGCAUUUGGGAGAAGUGCUUGUCAGAUGCAAUAAUGUCUUGUAUAUAAGAGGUGUUGAAGAAGAGGAGGAAGAUGGUGAAAUGAGAGAAUAAUGGAGAGGCCUCAUAACCCGUCUGGAUGCGUAGUUUGUGUUUUCUAUUGUAGGUCGCAUAAAACAAGUGGGGCAACCUUACACUGGUCUGUUCAAUAACGACUUCUUCGGUGCAAACAUUUGCAACACGGUGCUCGGAUACUCGCAACUAAAUCCAUUCAUACUCUCAAGAUUCAAUCUUCCCAUAAUGCAUUUUGACAGUUUGUCAGAAAACAUUGUGGGAUGGUCCCAGGCUGCAGGCUUGUGAAUAUGAAAAGAUUUGUUUGGUACAUUUGAACCACUUGUACCGAGUAUUCCUGGAAACUUUAAUUGGCAGUGCAAUGUAAGGCUGUUCUCCUUGUGUUUUUGUGAUAGUGUUGGCUAUUUUGUGUAGCCUAAGUUUUUCUACUUUGUUUUUAUGUUUUUUUUUUGGGAAAAAAGACAGACCAAUACUGCUCUGUUGUGCCUGUAAUAGCACAAUGGUAAUAAAAUUGUACAUAUUGCACUUUUCACCAGUCUAUGUGGCAAAUUGAUUUAGUCAAUCUUACUUCAAGUGUAGAAUGUGCCAUGGUUGCCAUUUGUGUGAAUUAUGAAUUAUAGAGACACAAGACAUAAGACAUAAAGUUAAUACACUUUAAUUACAGUGUAUAGGAAUAAUGUUACCUAUACUAGUCCAGCACAUUAUCCAGUCAAGUUCAAAAUUAAUUGCUCCAAAUUUGUGUACUGUUAUGUAUGCAAGCCUCAGAUAUAGUAUACUAUGCUCAGUCAUCAAAGGACUUAAUCAGUUGCUGACUGGACCAUGUCUCCUGAAUUGGACUGGCCUUCCGUCUUUAGGUGUAAAACAAAAUGGGUGCCUGCUUCUCAAACCUGACAAGGUGUCUGUAGGGACCCUACUUCGCUGGGUCACUGCACUUAGUGAGGUGCGCUGUUAAUUCUGCUGCAGAAGAAGAUUUUGGACAUUUUCUGGGCUUCUUAACUAAAAGAAGAAAACACUGUAUACCAUGGAAUAUGUCUGAAGUUUUUUUUGUUUUUUUUUUGGUCAGUACUCGAAAUGUUCAUGCUCAAAAAUUAUUCUGUGAUCCAGUGAAUUUGCAUCUCUGCUGGAUGUUAUGGUGUGGGCAGUGUUUUCACAGCGUUUUUAGUUCUUUGUGUCAUUGUCCAAGCCUAGCCAAGAUUGGUGUGGAGGUAUGGCUCCUUUGGGAUGAAAAGGGGUGUUCCCUCCUUUUAACACAUGGGCCGUGUCGGCAUUAACGUUAAAUCUCAACAGAAAACCACACAGGCUGCAGCUCAUACUUGCUGUGACAUGACAAAAGUGCUUUCCGUUUUGUUUGUAUUUUGAAAAUAAAAUGUUUUUUUGUAAAA